CCGGGCAUGUCCUGAUCUGCGGCCGCGCCUACCGCCGCGGGUCUCCCUCCUUCUCCGCCUGACUUUGCCUCCCGCGCGGCUCCCGGGAGCAUCGGCCCCGAGCCGAGGCAGGAGGCGCGCGAGGAGCCUCGAACCCCCGGACUCAGAGCUUGACAUGGUGCGGUGCGGGCCGGGGGAAGCGAGGAGCUGAGCGCUGUCGGAGCGCGGUGCGGUGCGGUGCGGCGCGGUGCGGGCCCUCCCCCCCGGACGCCCGCCGCGGGUUCGGGUCCGGCCGCACCAUGCUGCUGAAGGAGUACCGGAUCUGCAUGCCGCUCACCGUGGACGAGUACAAGAUCGGACAGCUGUACAUGAUCAGCAAGCACAGCCACGAGCAGAGCGACCGGGGCGAGGGCGUGGAGGUCGUGCAGAACGAGCCCUUCGAGGACCCUCACCACGGCAACGGCCAGUUCACCGAGAAGCGGGUGUAUCUCAACAGCAAACUGCCUAGUUGGGCUAGAGCUGUGGUCCCCAAAAUAUUUUAUGUGACCGAGAAGGCGUGGAACUACUAUCCUUACACAAUUACAGAAUACACAUGCUCCUUUCUGCCGAAAUUCUCCAUCCACAUAGAAACCAAGUACGAGGACAACAAAGGGAGCAACGACAGCAUUUUUGACAAUGAAGCCAAAGACCUAGAGAGAGAAGUUUGUUUUAUUGACAUUGCCUGCGAUGAAAUUCCAGAACGCUACUACAAAGAAUCGGAGGAUCCUAAACACUUCAAAUCAGAGAAGACAGGACGGGGCCAGCUAAGGGAAGGCUGGCGAGAUAGUCAUCAGCCCAUCAUGUGUUCUUACAAGCUGGUGACCGUGAAAUUCGAGGUGUGGGGGCUUCAGACCCGAGUGGAACAAUUUGUGCACAAGGUUGUCCGAGACAUUCUGCUGAUUGGACACAGGCAGGCUUUCGCGUGGGUUGAUGAGUGGUAUGAUAUGACAAUGGAUGAUGUUCGGGAAUACGAGAAAAACAUGCAUGAACAAACCAACAUAAAAGUUUGCAAUCCGCAUUCCUCCACUGUGGAUGACAUAGAGAAUCAUGCCCAAACAAGUACAUGACAAUGGACCAAGUGCGAGAAUUCGAACGAGCUACUCAGGAAGCCACCAACAAGAAAAUCGGCGUGUUCCCGCCUGCCAUCUCCAUCUCCAGCAUCUCCCUGCUGCCUUCCUCGGUGCGCAGCGCCCCGUCCAGCGCGCCCUCCACCCCUCUCUCCACCGAUGCCCCAGAAUUCUUGUCUGUCCCCAAAGAUCGGCCGCGGAAAAAGUCGGCUCCAGAAACUCUCACCCUGCCAGACCCCGAGAAGCCAGCCACCCUGAAUUUACCUGGCCUGCGCUCUUCUGAGAAGCCAUGUCGGCCCAAAUCAGAGUAACUUCAUGUGGAAUGGCCCCUGGGUUUUUCUAGUUUCUUUUUUUUCUUUCUUUUUUGGUGGGAGUGGCGGGGAGGGGGGGUUAUCGUUUCUUUGUUAACAAUCGUCUUCUGAUAGAGGAAAAGACUGCUUUGUCCUCAAACCUGUCCCUCUGAGGGUGCAUGUGGCUGAGUAAUUUCACAAAUCAGAUACGUCCCUCCGCCUGUCACCCAAUAGCAGUUGCUGAAAGAUGUUCGAGGUUUGGGGAGGUUUGCGUGGACUCUUGAGGGUCACGAGAGGAAAAAUGUGCACCCUUACACAGCUUUGUUGCUAGGUGUGGGAAAACAGUGAAGUCCGUUUCUUUCCGUCAAACCUGAUCGUGUCAAACUAAACAAAACACAAAACACGAAACGGCUCAGGCAUCGUUUACCUAAUUGUUCAGUUUUGAACUACUGACCACCAAUACUUGAAUAUCAAGAGUUAACUGAGAUUCCUAUUUUGGGUUGUCUGACUCAGGAUUUGGGGCCUAAUUAACUCUUUAAAAGAAUUUUUGAAAACUUUUAAUUAUCAACCUAGAAAGGCUCCAAGUGCAAUUAAUGAUGACUUGUUUAUACCUUUCUCAGAAUUUCAUAAAGAGAUCCCUUGUUCCUAUCUUUUAAUAACAUAACACCCCACACCCCUUGAGCCCCUGUGGCCUUUGAAAUCCUGAAGAAUGGCAUGGCUGAUAUUUAGAGAUUUAGUUGAAGAAUGAGAAGCCCAAGAGAGAUUAAACAUCUUUCUUCUCUGCAGGUACCCAAAAACCUUGAAUUGUCAGUUUUCAAUCAGAUUCUCAGAAUUUGAGCUGAGCCAAUUGUGGCUCAUGCCUGUAAUCCUAACUAUUCAGAAGACUGACUGAGCUGUGAGGAUCAUGGUUCAAAGCCAACCUCAAGCAGACCACUCCUGAGAGACUCUGAUCGCCAAUUAAUCUAGCAAAAAAGCUGAAAUUGGAGGCGUGGCUCAAGUGGUAGAGCACCAGCCUUGAGCUAAAGGAUAGCACUCUGGCCC